UUCUAACCUGGAGAUAUUUUGAAAUGGACAUUGGAAGUUUAUUUUUGAAUAACCUAAUAGAGACAUCAUUCAAACUCACCAUGUGAAAACCUCUCCAUCAAAGAAAGUCAUUCCAGAAAAAAAAGUAAGUUCCCUUAAGAGGUUAAUUUAAUAUUAAAGAAAAUACGUUUCACUAAAUACACCAAAGACAGGUAAUUCUUUAACCACCUUUUAAAACUGCCAAUCAAAAUUUGUUUACAGUUUCUUUUUGAGAAUAAGUGAUUGUGUAUUUUGAAACUCAGCAAAGUAUUGUGAGUGGACUUAUGAUAAAUUAUUCCACCUCCUAGACCAUCAAGCCUACUGAAAUUGCAAAAGCAGGUAGUUAAAGUUUUCCCAAAAUACACCCCCUGAAGUCCGUACUACAGCAGCAGCUAUCCCAGUGCCUUUUUUUAACUGAAAUAUUCUGAAGAUAGUUAAUUUUCCAGGGCUCUACAAAAAGAAAACAAGUUCGUGAUGUCAGAGUUGUUAAUCAGUAUUUCGUUCGGUGUGAAUGCAUCUUAUUUCUGAAAUGAGGAAAUAACGGUAAUGUCCUUGAACGCUUACGUAUACUGCUCCAGGGGAGAAUUCCGUAAUCAAUCACCCUGGCGGAAACACUGGGAGUGGGAGGGACUGGGGACUGGGGACUGGGAGCUGGAGCUGGAGGUGCUGGUAGCAGCAGUGUGGGAGCUGGGGCGCUCUCCUGUCUCCUGGCCCGGGCUGCUGAUGGCGUUGCCGGGCUGCUGUGCGCUCCGGGCCGGGGAUCCCGGUUCCCGCUGCUACCGGCGGCUCACGCUGUGAUGCUGGAACAUGGAGAAGGCUCCGGGCAGUGCUGACCUCCGCUGGAGCUCGGUCUCUUUACCCCUGGAUCUGAUCGUGGGCAAAUUCCGCUUACCCACCCUGGCCCGGCUGAGCUCAGGGGAAUAUAUAGAGGGAUUGACCGACCAGGAUCUAUUACUAAUCCAUUCAUGCAGGCAGUGGACUACAGUGACUGCACACAGCUUAGAGGAGGGCCACUAUGUGAUUGGACCGAAGAUUGACAUCCCACUGCAAUACCUCGGAAAGUUUAAAUUGCUGGAUCAGGAUCGAGAUGUCAGGGAGCCUGUGCAGUAUUUUAACAGUGUUGAGGAAGUGGCCAAUGUUUUUCCAGACCGUGUUUUCGUUAUGGAGGCAAUAACAUUCAGCGUAAAGAACUGUGACAAGGCAACAGUAUCAAGACCCUCAGGUUGCAUUGCAUGGCCUUUUUCUUUGCUACAGAAGAACAGCCCUCUUGUGGUCUCUGGUGAAUUCAGUGAAGAUAGUGAGGUCUACAACUUCACAUUGCAUGCUGGUGAUGAGCUGACACUGAUGGGCCAGGCUGAGAUCCUCUGUGCCAAGACAGUAAAAGAGAAAUCCCGCUUCAACACCCUAUUGCGAAAACUGGGCAAAACUAGCACUCUAAGCAAACAGGUCAAAGGCAAGAUGCCAUGUCUUAUCUGUAUGAACCACAGGACCAAUGAGAGUCUUAGCCUUCCCUUCCAGUGCCGGGGAAAAUUCAGCACUCGCAGUCCCCUUGAGAUGCAGAUGCAGGAAGGAGAGCAUACCAUCCGCAGUAUUAUCGAAAAGGUUCGACUACCAGUCAAUGUCACCGUUCCUUCUCGUCCACCCCGCAACUCUUACGACCUCCAUUGCAUUCGUGAAGGACAUCGCUAUAAACUUGUCAGUAUUAUAUCAAAGACAGUAGUCUUGUGCUGUAUCAUUCGCAAGGAUGCUAUUAUCCCUUUGCACUUUUUGCUGCUGUCAGAUAUGCCCAGGUUUGUGCUCCCUGAAGGGUUAAUCCGAGGCAACCCCCUUUAUGAGAGGUUAGUGCAAGAAAUAAUGUUGUUUAGCCAGGAGCAUUUCAAUGCUGAUGAGUACUCAAAGGCAGUCCGGGAGGUUAAAACAGACUUUACUGAUGAUUGCACUAGUCCAAGAAGAAUUAGACUUUGCUUGCAAGGAUAUACAACUAAUUCACUGAACUAUGCCCAGAAUGAGCUGACCCAAUCAUUUCAAAGGCUCUCUCUGUGUGCUUUCAGCGGUGCUAUGUUGCACAGCAGUGGGGAGGUUACCUUCCAGAGUUGCAGGGAUUCAAUUGGGGAGCAGCAAAUUAUGCCACAUGAAUUACUGACUCCUCCAGAGGUGGCUGACAUGGACAGAGAGUAUAUGACACCUGAUUGGACAGAAAAUUACUUUAGGACUCAAGAGCAGCCUGAAAUUCCCUAUGAGGAGCUAUGGACCAAUCAACCAACAGAUUAUUCAAAGGAUUCCUGCUGUGUGGUCACAGAAAGUGAGAUCAAGAAACAGCAAAGCUCCAUCUCUUUCUACUCUCAUUCUUCUAUAUCCCCCAAAGAAGAUCCUGUUCUAUCAACUCAUCCUACUGUGUUAAAAAUGGGAGAAUCGAGAAUGCCAAGCCCACCUCCUGUCCCUCCAAAAUCAGAAGCUGUGAAGGAGGAAUGCCGUCUUCUAAAUGCUCCUCCUAUUCCUCCAAGGGGUGCUAAAAGUGUUCCUACUCCAAGCCCUCCGGUUCCUCCUCGAUUUGCAAAGACCCAGCUCCAACAAGCUCAUUCACCAAGCCCUAGUCUGUCCUAUUACUCAUCUGGUCUUCAUGAGAUUUCUGGAACCCACAGUGGCAGCUGUUCACCAUCCCCAGACUCGUAUUCACUUUACUGUUACCCAUGCACAUGGGGAGACUGCAAGGCUACAGAUUCUUCCAACCGUCCAAUAUCAGGGAAUAUUUCAACAAAUAUCCAGAAUGUACAAACCUCCUGGUCAAAUCCAUGGGCAUAUUCAGACAAUGUUCAAAGCAUGACCAGUGGGCGAUCUAUAUCCCAAUUAUCAGGAGAUGCUGUUCAAAGUUACUACAGUUGUCCUCGACUGAAACCUCCAAGUUCUCAAAAACGGUUUGCUCCUUUUGGAGCACUAAACCCUUUUUCUAAUCCUAGUUACUCAUCUAGUUCAUCAGCAAGAAAUUGGUUGGAAUCUUCUGAUCAUAAUAAGUCUCCAACCACUGCGUCAGAGCAAUUUGAUCCUUUUGAUCCUACAGUCAGUCGUAGUACUUCUCCUGAUCCAGGCUCCGUCAGCGUUUCUGGAGAGUUAAGGUACAAGCAGGAAUUUAGAAACUGUGUACAGGAUUCAUUAUAUAAACAGAAUGAAAGCAUAUCUUGUCCUGUCCCACCAUCCCGGCCACCAAAAGUCUGUGAUUCGGACAACAACAUCAUCAUAAGAAGUACAGCUUCUCUUUCUCCUACUAUUGUGAGAGGUGCUGAGGGUGGAGUCACAAGGGUCUAUCUCACACAAGGAGUUAUAGAGGUUCCUCCAGUGUCAUCAAGAAGUACUACAGAUAUACCAGUUUCUGUCUCUUCAUCUAAUACCCCAAGUGUGCCCAAAUUAAAUGAUAGUGGUUUAUACUGGUACCCACCAUCUGAUCUAUCUACUCUUUCUGUGGAGGAAGUUUCCAAAUGCCUACGGUUCAUAGGCCUUUCAGAAGAUGUGUUAACAUUCUUUGUUCGUGAGCGAAUUGAUGGAAACAUUUUUGUUCAGUUGACUGAGGAAAUCCUAUCUGAUGAUUUUAAACUGACAAAGUUGCAAGUCAAAAAGAUCAUGCAAUUUAUUAAAGGAUGGAGACCGAAGAUUUAACCUGAUACUAUUUUUAGUCAAGUCAAUUAAGGGGUAGCUUUAAUUCAUUGAACAUUAUGGUAAUUUGUGUGGUUUUCUUUAAAAAAAACACCUCAAGAUGUUUAACAUGUCUCAGAUCUUCUUUUGCCAUAGAAAAUAACAGGAAUGUAGAUUGGUAUGAAGGAGAGCUGUUAUCAACUCGUUAUUUCCAUUGUUGAUAACAUCGCAUGCUUUAAAAUUGCUAUAUUUCUUUUCCCAUUAUAGAAAAUUUUAAAUGCACAAUAGAUUGAAUUAUUUUAGAGAUAAAUGUGAGUUAAAGAGUUAAAUUAUUUUUGAAUUGCUGUUGAUGCCUUAUUGGAGUAGAAUAGUCUUCAGGUUAUGCCAGCAUAAGGUUAUCUCCUUAGUCGAAUUCAGUACAUUUUCAUUAAUGUUUAAUGUGCUACAAAAGUGAAAAACUGAAAUGCAAAUUUCAUUUUCAGUAGAUAACUGCUACUGUUACCAAGGUGAACUAGAUUAUUGAUAGCUAAACUCUUCUAUUAAUAAAACUGUGGAACUCCAAUUUUAAAUACAUUUUAUUACCCAUACUGUUUUCCUGUACUUGCAGAUUCCACCAAACAAAAAUAGCAAACACAAGAAAAUGAUCAAAGUAAAAUAAUUCUUGUGCAUCAUGUGGUUAUUGUGACAGCUAGAAGAAAAAUUUAUGUACACAUCUGGGAGCAAAUAUACAGUUGGCCUUUUCCAUAGUACAUUGAAUAUAUCUAUAAUUUAGCACAUUGUUUUAACCAGUAAUUUGAUCUAAAAAUGUACUGUACUAAUCACUACUGUCUUAAAAACUGAUAGUAUAUUAUUUGUGGAAGACAACUCUACAUUAUGCAGUUUAAUGGCUGUGGUUUUUCCAACUACUUUUUGGAAAAUUUCUGUGUAUGUAUAUUUAUGAACAAGCAUCUCUUCUAGUACAGAUGCUCAUGUUGAUAUAAUUUUCUUUUUUAACAUUGAAUGUUGAUAAUACUAUAAUUGUACUGAAAUGCCUAAAUUUAUGCAUAAUUUAACCUAAACAAAUCAAUAGAGAAUAGAACACAAAUAAGAAAAAGCAUCAAUGUAUGACUUUAGCAUUUUUUGUUUGAACCUCUCUAUUUGCAUGGGAUAGGCUUUGCUUUUCUCAUAGAAGUACAUGUAAUUGGAAACAUUUCUCUUCAAUCAGCGUUAGCAAUCUUGCAAUCUCCAAUUUCAAGAGAACUAGCUCCCAUUCUUCAUGCUUCAUGCUUCAUUUUUGGUUCUUUGUGACAAGUUCAAUUUAAAAUAUAUUGCUUGUCUAGUGACUGAGAAGGUAGUGUCAUUAUAGCUUGUGGUAAUGGCCACAGAUUAAUAUAAUAGUUAAU